UUCGAGGAAUUGAUUAUAUAAGACCGAAAUGAUCCUCUUGUAGUUACAUCUGAGUCGAUUCGCUUAGUGAACAACAUGUCUUUGAAGAUCGUCGUUUUUGCGGCAGCACUAUCAGCUGCUCAUGCCGGCAUUAUUGGAGCCCCUCUAGCUACUCCUCUAGCGGCUCCUCUAUCUUACGCUGCACCCAUAGCUAGAGUUGCCGCUCCAUUGGCCUAUGCUGCACCAGUAGCUCAAGUAGCUGCUCCUAUUGCCAGAGUAGGCGCUCCCGUUGCGGUUGCUGCACCUGUUGCAAAAGCCGUUGUUUCCGAAGAAUAUGACCCUAACCCACAGUACAGUUACGCAUAUGAUGUUCAGGACAGUUUGACAGGUGACAGCAAGAGCCAGAGUGAAACGAGAAAUGGAGAUGCAGUUCAAGGAUCCUACUCCUUGACCGACCCAGAUGGUACACGCAGAACCGUCGAUUACACCGCCGAUCCCGUCAACGGAUUCAAUGCCGUAGUUCGUAAAGAGCCACUCGUCGCUAAGGCAGUAGUAGCCGCCCCCGCUAUCGCAAAAGUAGUUUCACCAAUCACUCACGCCGCACCUGCACCACUUGCCUAUGCUGCACCAAUUGCCAAAACUGCCUCACCAGUAGCCUAUGCUGCCCCAGCAGCACCAGCCUUAGCUCAUCUUGCUGCCCCACUAGCUUAUUCUUCCUCAAUAAUUCAUUGAUCAAGCCGCAAAUUCUGCUCAAAAUCAAACAUUCAUUUCUGUGAAAUUCUACGUUGAGUUGUAAAAUAUUUAUUUUUCAUUAUUUGGUGGAGUCUAAUGAAUAAAUUCCGACAAAUUAUG